CACAUUGUAGGCGUGCGCUCUUGUUCUCCUUCGUCAUUUUCUGCUAUCUCGUUUUUCCCCUUCUUUGCUUGCCACUCCACUCCCCACGAGCCGUCGCUUCUCCUGCUGCCUCCGACGCCCUCUCCGCCUUCGGUCUCUCUCGCUAAUUUUUGUUGCAUACUUGUGACAACAUGGCUCCAGGUGAGAACAAUGAAACGUUUGAUGGCAUGAAAGCAGAAGAUUUGGAAAGGAAGAAAAAAAAGGAGGAAAAGGCAAAGGAAAAGGAGCUGAAGAAACAGAAGGCCAAACAGAAGGCUGAAGCUGCUGCUCAGGCAUUAAAAGAACCUACCAAUUCCAAAAAGGCCGAGAAGAAAUCAGCAAAGAGGGACAAUGUACACGAAAAUGCUGAAGAUUUUAUAGAUCCUGCGACUCCACCUGGUGAGAAGAAAAAACUCUCCAGGCAAAUGGCAAAACAGUACAACCCAAGUGCUGUGGAGGCAGCAUGGUAUGCUUGGUGGGAGAAGUCUGGCUUCUUCACAGCGGACACUGAUAGCAACAAACCACCAUUUGUUAUUGUCCUACCACCACCAAAUGUGACAGGGGCGUUGCACAUAGGCCAUGGCCUUACAGCUGCAAUUGAGGAUACAAUUAUUAGGUGGCGAAGAAUGAGUGGUUAUAAUGCACUUUGGGUUCCUGGAAUGGACCAUGCUGGCAUAGCUACUCAGGUCGUAGUGGAGAAGAAGCUUAUGCGAGAAAGAAACCUAAGCAGGCAUGAUGUUGGUAGGGAGAAUUUUGUUGCUGAGGUUUGGAAGUGGAAAGAAGAAUAUGGUGGAACCAUAUUAAAGCAGGAGCGGCGUCUUGGUGCCACCCUGGAUUGGACUCGAGAGUGCUUCACCAUGGAUGAAAAAAGAUCAAGGGCUGUGACUGAGGCCUUUGUUAGACUUUAUAAAGAAGGGCUUAUCUACAGAGAUAUUCGUCUGGUGAAUUGGGACUGUGUGCUGAGGACUGCUAUAUCUGAUAUUGAGGUGGAUUCAAUUGAAAUCAAGGAAAGAACUAUGCUGAAAGUUCCAGGCUAUAAAGAGCAUGUAGAAUUUGGUGUAUUGACAGAGUUUGCUUACCCUCUAGAGGGUGGCCUCGGUGAGAUUAUUGUUGCAACUACAAGGGUCGAAACAAUGCUUGGUGAUACUGCUAUUGCUGUUCACCCUCAAGACAAGCGGUACACUCAUUUUCAUGGGAAAUUUGCUGUUCAUCCUUUUAAUGGAAGGAAGCUUCCAAUCAUAUGUGAUGAAAUCUUAGUUGAUCCAAGUUUUGGAACAGGCGCUGUAAAGAUAACACCUGCUCAUGACCCAAAUGAUUUUGAUGUGGGGAAGCGCCAUAACCUUGGCUUUAUCAACAUUUUUACUGAUGAUGGAAAAAUAAAUAGUAAUGGAGGAUCAGAAUUUGAAGGGAUGUUGCGUUUUGAAGCUCGUGUUGCUGUUGUGGAAGCUCUGAAAAGGAAGGGACUCUAUAGAGGCUUUAAGAACAAUGAAAUGCGUCUUGCUAUUUGCUCCAGAAGCAAUGAUGUUGUGGAACCAAUGAUAAAACCACAAUGGUUUAUUAGCUGCAAUGAGAUGGCAAAACAAGCACUAGAUGCAGUUCAGGAAGGAAAAGUUAUUAUCACUCCAAAGCAGUUUGAAGCAGAGUGGUUUAGAUGGAUGGGAAACAUUCGUGACUGGUGCAUAUCUAGACAACUAUGGUGGGGUCACCGCAUUCCAGCCUGGUAUGUAACUGUGGGAGGUGAUUCAUCUGAUGGUUUUGGUGUCUACAAUGAUCACUGGGUGGUCGGCAGAGAUGAGGGAGAAGCCUUAGAGAUGGCCAGGGGUUUGUUCCCUGGGAAAAAAUUUCAAAUCACUCAAGACCAGGAUGUGUUGGAUACAUGGUUUUCCUCUGGUCUCUUUCCUUUCUCUGUGAUGGGCUGGCCAGAUGAUACUUUGGACUUCAGGACAUUCUAUCCGACCUCAGUUCUUGAAACUGGGCAUGACAUUCUGUUCUUCUGGGUUGCUCGAAUGGUGAUGCUAGGAAUGAGAUUGACUGGUGAAGUACCAUUUAAGCAGAUUUACUUACAUCCGAUGAUAAGGGAUGCACAUGGUCGCAAGAUGUCUAAGUCAUUGGGAAAUGUUAUUGAUCCACUCGAAGUAAUUAAUGGUAUAACACUAGAAGGUCUUCACCAAAGGCUCGAACAUGGUAAUCUAGACCCAAGUGAACUGGUUGUUGCUAAACAAGGACAGGUCAUGGAUUUCCCAAAUGGCAUCCCAGAAUGUGGUGCAGAUGCUCUUCGCUUUGCCCUGGUGUCAUACACUGCUCAGUCUGAUAAAAUAAACUUGGACAUUCAAAGGGUGGUUGGGUACCGGCAGUGGUGUAAUAAGCUUUGGAAUGCUAUUCGUUUUGCUAUGAGCAAGCUAAGCGAUGAUUAUGCUCCUCCCGAGAAGCUAUCUGUGCAGACUCUUCCAUUUAGUUGCAAGUGGAUAUUGUCAGUUUUGAACAAGGCUAUAGCUAAAACUGUGACUUCCCUUGAGCUGUACGACUUUUCCGCAGCAACUACUGCAGUUUAUUCAUGGUGGCAGUACCAAUUAUGUGAUGUGUUUAUCGAAGUGAUAAAACCUUUCUUCAUUUCUGGCUCUGAUUGUGAGUCUAGCAAAAGUGCUGCUAGAGAUACACUUUGGCUGUGUCUUGAUAAUGGGCUGCGUUUGCUCCAUCCAUUUAUGCCAUUUGUGACUGAAGAACUCUGGCAGCGACUUCCUGAAAGGCAUGGUGAUUUUACAAGAAAAGAAUCAAUCAUGAUAGCUGACUAUCCAUCAGUUAUAGAGGAAUGGACAGAUGAUGAAAUUGAGAAGGAGAUGAAUCUAUUGGAUUCUGUGGUUAGAUCAAUUAGAUCAUUGCGUGCCCUUCUGCCUGCUGAUGAAAGACAGAAGAAGCAAAAAGCUUUUGUGCUUUGCAAGGCUGAUGAUGUUAGGGAGGUUAUCAGUAAUCGCCACUUGGAGAUUUCAACUCUUGCAGUUCUAUCUUCGUUAGAGAUUUUAAGUGAAAAAGAUGCUGCUCCAGUCGGAUGCUCAGUCAACAUUGUAAAUGAAAAUGUUUCCGUCUAUUUGCAAGCCCAAGGAAGUGUAAAUGCAGAUGCGGAACAGGAAAAGCUGAGAAAAAAGAAGGAAGAAUUGCAAAGGCAACAAGAAAAGUUGCAGAAUAGGAUGAAUUCUUCUGGUUAUAAGAAGGUUCCAGAAGAUAUCCGUGCAGAAGACCUUCUGAAGCUGAAUAAGCUUAUAGCUGAGAUAAAAAUAGUUGACGAAGCCAAAGAAAUGUUGGAUCAGACACUGACGGGAAGUGCUUGAUCAAAGAGAUGCAUUCCAUUUUGUCAUGCAACUAAUUGAAUUGUGAUCACAAGGUUAAUUUAUCUGUAGAUCCGCCAGUGGGUAAAAUAUGAUUAUUUACCAUUUUUUCAAUUGUUUGUAUUGAGCUUUUUUUGUUGGGAAUGUCCCAAUUCCUGUGCGAAGUUGAUGAUGCAGAUUUUGUUAAGAUAUAUAAGGCAUAAAUGAUUCCUCGGAA